AAACACGUGUCCUCCCUUGGUGUCGCUAAGGUCAAUGCUAUGCUUGGUAACACGCAAGUCCAGCUAUCUUGCCAUGUUGUCAACAACCUGGCACAUGAAGUAAUCUUCGGUUACCCGGACCUCAAACGCCACAAGAUCACCAUUGAUACCGACAGCGAUGAAGUCCGCUUCCCA